UCAAGGACACAUCGACAUGUGAGCUCGAUCGAACCACCCACCUUCCGAUUGGUGGACGACCUGCUCUACCCUCUGAGCCACAGCCGCCCCUAAUGAUGGGUGAAACCUUGAGAACUUGGCUUUAUGGAUGUGAAAUCUCCCCAAUAAUUGUAAUAAAUUGACAAUCUGCUGAAUUUUUUUUUUUUUUUUCAUAGUAUAAUUGUCAGGAGAGGGGUUAUGCAGAGGCACUAGUUAUUACGUCAUCAAGCCAUGAUUUAAGCCCCACCCAAAAAAAAUUCUAAACACAAAAAUGAUGAAAAUUGUUUAAUGGUCUAACUCCAGUCAGUUACAUUGGGUCUGAUGCAGAUGUUCCUUCACACGCGCACACACACACACACACACACACACAUUAGAUGGAUAUAAUAGCUUAAAACAAACUACUACACUGCAAACUUCUGAGCACUACUCUUCACUUUUCCACCAAUCUCGGAUCAGCUUUACUGAGAUCACUUCUCCACUGACUGAGCAGCAAAGUUAGCAUGAAAAGUCACUGUUUUCGGGAACUGCGUUGUCCAGCGCCAGAAACACCAAAACGGAAAAGGGCAUCUCUGGGUCCCCCAAUAGGCUGUCGCCAUGGUAGCACACACACUCACACAUACAGAGAGACCAACACUGGAGAGGCUGAGAGGGACUGAGAGAGGUACAAAAUGUAACAUCACAUCACAAGCACAAUCUCAGGGGCAGAGCUGCACUUGCCAUUCUCCUGAUGCUGCUGUGGAAAGGCAGUGAGGUGGCUGCAUGGAGGAGGCGAGGCGACUACUCCUGUCUGUGAUUAGUGACCACGAGAAUGCUAUAGGAGAGAAGGGGAGGAGUGGGGGGGAUAGGGCGGGCUCUCUGUAGGACGAGGAGGAGGAGGAGGAGAGGAUGCGUUGCCUGUGCACAAUUGGAGGCAGCAGAGAGUGAAGCAGCAUCUGUAUGAGGAGAGAGAAAGGACCUGCAUGGAAUGGAGGAGCGUUAGAGCAGCACUGUCGCUGUCGUCAAGACUCCCACCGCCUCCACUGCCACUGCUGGGUUGUUGUGUUAAUGGAAAACACUCAGAGCAGUUUGUCAUUUAGUAUGGACGACAUCAGGAUUUUCAGCUCUGCACAGCCGAUUCACUGAAAUCAGUUACUGUGAUGUAGCUUCACCAAAAGGGGUGCAGGGGUGGCUGCCUUGGGAUUUGAACCCUUAACCCAAGCUCUGUGAUGCCCGAGGGACCAGCUGUGUGGAUUCGGUGCCACCUCUGAUAUGAUGCUGAGAGCAGGAGGGGCAGCCACCUCUCUCGCACUGCUGUUGCUGCUGCCGCUGCUGUGCUGCUGCCACCUGUGCCACUCACUGCGGGUUCCAAAACUCUCCUCCUUCGCAAAAGCAGAGGAUAAGCUGUUCAAAUACCUCUUCGUAAACUACCAGAAAUGGGUCCGUCCAGUGGAAUACCUGAACCAGACGAUCCGUGUGAAGUUUGGACUGGCCAUCUCCCAGUUAGUUGAUGUGGAUGAGAAAAAUCAGCGGAUGACAACCAAUGUGUGGAUGAAACAGGAGUGGAUUGACAGGAAACUCAGAUGGAACCCUGAUGACUAUCUGGGCCUCACAAUUAUCCGUGUCCCUUCUGACAGGAUCUGGCUCCCUGACGUUGUACUGUAUGAUAAUUCAGAUGGGCGUUUUGAGGGCACUGUCACCAAGGCAGUCGUUAAGUAUGAUGGAACCAUAACGUGGACGCCACCAGCCAAUUACAAGUCAGCCUGCACCAUUGAUGUCACCUUCUUCCCUUUUGACCUCCAGAAUUGCUCAAUGAGGUUUGGCUCCUGGACGUAUGACGGCUCCCAGGUGGACAUAAUUCUGGAGGACUUCCAUGUGGACAAGCGGGACUAUUUCGACAACGGUGAAUGGGAGAUAGUGAAGGCCACAGGCAGCCGUGGCGUGAGGACAGACGGCAGCGCAUCCUAUCCCAGCAUCACCUACUUCUUCGUCAUCCGCAGGUUACCUCUUUUCUACACCCUCUUCCUCAUCAUCCCCUGCAUUGGCCUGUCCUUCCUCACCAUCCUCGUCUUCUACCUGCCCUCCAACGGCGGCGAGAAGAUCUCCCUCUGCACCUCGGUCCUGGUGUCGCUCACUGUUUUCCUGUUGGUCAUUGAGGAGAUUAUCCCUUCCUCUUCGAAGGCCAUCCCUCUCAUCGGGGAGUAUCUGGUCUUCACUAUGAUCUUCGUCACGCUCUCAAUCGUCAUCACCGUCUUCGCCAUCAACAUCCACCAUCGCUCCUCUUCUACGCAUCACGGCAUGGCGCCAUGGGUGAGGAAGAUCUUCCUGCAUCGGCUGCCCAAGCUGCUGUGCAUGCGCAGCCAUGUGGACCGUUACGCCACGGUUGGAGUAGCGAGCGCAGGAGGAGCAGUAGGACAGAAGGACUCAGCACCUGAACUGACACCUCUGCUCUACAACAGACACAACCUGCAAGCAGCUUUGGAUUCUAUUCGCUACAUAACCAUGCAUGUGGUAAAAGAAAAUGAGGUCAGAGAGGUGGUCCAAGACUGGAAAUUUGUAGCCCAGGUCCUGGAUCGAAUGUUUCUUUGGGCUUUCCUCCUGGUGUCGAUCCUGGGCUCUGCUCUCCUCUUCAUCCCGGUUAUUUAUAAAUGGGCCAUUAUCAUCGUCCCUAACCAUCCUGGAAGUACCCUGUAAGAGAGUUCAACUAACCACAAAUGGAGGCAAAGCACAUUGACAGCUCGUUAUGGGUCUUUUGUUUGAGAUUUGAAAGACUGAGAUACUGUGAUUACCACUCACAUACGGCCCUGUUCUGCUUAUCCAAUUAUUCUGUAAACCACAGCUGUGGCAGAGAUCAAGCUGCAGAUUUGGGGUCCAGUUUUGCUGAGUGUAUCUCACAGAGACUUGUUUUUUCGUUGUUGUUUUAGAGAGAUUAUACAAUUCUGUAUUUCUGAGUUUAAAGAUAAAUGAAAAGACUCAAUUGAUGUAUUACUUAUGAAAAGUAUUACAUAUGAUAAGAAACAU